UAGUUUAAGAUAGGCGCCCUGAAGUUCCGGCUUACGUAAUUUUUCAAACCACCUGUUUACGGACAGACUACUAGUUAGUAUCCAAGAUGGCGUCUGCACUAGCCGGAGAACUGACAUGUGUCGUCUGCUCGGACCUGUACAGUUCCCCCGUCAUGCUAACGUGUCACCAUAGCUUCUGUCUGGUGUGUGUCAGAAAACUUGCAAAGGGUUUGGAAAGAAGACAUAAAAAUACCGUCGAGAAUCAUGAUGAGACGACAGCAGAUGUCAUCACCUGUCCGCAGUGUGGACAAGAAACGAGUCUUGAGGAGAAAGUUGUGGACGAUCUUCCAAGAAACUUUCUCCUACAGAACAUUGUGAAGGGCUACUUGAAGGACAAUGGGAAAGAGGGAAGGAAAAUGUCUGUGAGUGAGUUUGAGGGGAAGCUUGUUCUGUGUGAUUUUUGCGUGGGAUCGUCAGCAGCGGCCAUGACGUGUGUAGAGUGCCGCCUGGCCUACUGUUCGCGGUGUCUCCCCGUGGUUCACCCGCCUAGGGGGUACCUGGCCAGACACACGCUCAGGAAACCUUGAGUGGAGGAGGAGGAGAGGAUAAGGUGUCCACAGCACGCAGAAACUGUGACGAUCUACUGUUCGUCGUGUCAGACCACCAUCUGCAUGC